CCUCUCUCUCUCUCUCUGUGUCUCACACAUUUUGUCGGUGUUGUAGAUCUCUCAGGCUCCAGAGCCCCUCUCUCUAUCUCUCUCACUUUUUCGGCUUCCAAUGAUGAAUUUGGGAAGCAUAUGAUAGCGGUUGUUAUCAUUGUGUGUUGCUUGUGGUGUGAGGAUUUUGGGGUUGGAGAGCAAGGGGUGUGUGCAUGAGGGAUUUGUUGCUGUUCAGUUGGAUUCUUCUAUGUUGCGUGAAGGGGUUUCCGGGAAGAAGAAUAAGGUGGGACCGUGGGCUUGUCAUCCGGAGCAGGGGUAGGUGGGGCAAAUGUGGCUGAGUUUCAGCUUUUUAGCCUAGUAUUAGACCCGGGAUUUCUCUGUUUGUGCGUGAUCUCUACUGGGGAAGAGGUUUAGGCUGAAAUUUCUUGGAAACUGGAUUCUGGGUUUGCCUAAAAAUGCAGCAAGAUCACAGGAAAAAGAAUUUAACUGAGAUGGACUUUUUCUCGGAAUAUGGUGAUGCCAAUAGAUACAAAAUUCAGGAAGUUAUUGGGAAAGGAAGUUAUGGUGUUGUUUGCUCGGCAAUUGACACUCAUACUGGUGAAAAAGUAGCCAUAAAGAAAAUACACGAUAUAUUUGAGCACAUAUCUGAUGCUGCGCGUAUUCUUCGUGAGAUAAAGCUGCUCAGACUUCUACGACAUCCCGACAUUGUUGAAAUUAAACACAUUAUGCUUCCACCCUCGAGAAGGGACUUUAAAGAUAUUUAUGUUGUUUUUGAGUGCAUGGAAUCAGAUCUUCAUCAAGUCAUCAAAGCCAACGAUGACCUGACCCGAGAACACUAUCAGUUUUUCCUAUACCAGCUACUACGUGCAUUGAAGUAUAUUCACACUGCAAAUGUCUACCAUCGAGAUUUAAAACCGAAGAACAUAUUGGCAAAUGCAAACUGUAAACUUAAAAUCUGUGACUUUGGUUUAGCAAGAGUCGCAUUCGGUGAUACGCCUACAACAAUAUUUUGGACGGACUAUGUUGCUACAAGAUGGUAUAGAGCUCCAGAGCUAUGUGGAUCAUUUUUCUCAAAGUAUACACCGGCAAUUGAUAUAUGGAGUAUAGGCUGCAUAUUUGCUGAGGUAUUAACUGGGAAGCCACUUUUCCCUGGAAAAAAUGUUGUACAUCAGUUGGAUUUGAUGACUGAUUUGCUAGGGACACCUUCAUUAGAUACCAUUUCUCGGGUUCGUAAUGAGAAGGCAAGGAGAUACUUAACUAGCAUGAGGAAAAAGCAGCCAGUGCCAUUUGAACAAAAAUUUCCAAAUGCCGAUCCUUUAGCACUACGACUAUUGGAAAGAUUGCUUGCCUUUGAUCCAAAAGACCGACCUACUGCAGAAGAGGCACUGGCCGAUCCUUACUUCAAGGGACUUUCAAAAGUUGAAAGGGAACCUUCCUGCCAGCCUAUUACAAAGAUGGAAUUUGAAUUUGAGAGGCGAAGGGUCACAAAAGAGGACAUAAGGGAGUUAAUUUUCCGGGAAAUUCUAGAGUACCAUCCUCAACUAUUGAAAGACUACAUGAAUGGGACUGAGAGGACUAAUUUUCUCUAUCCAAGUGCUGUUGAUCAAUUUCGAAAGCAGUUUGCAUAUCUUGAGGAAAAUGGUAAUAAGAGCGGGCCAGUUAUUCCGCUUGAAAGAAAGCACGUCUCUCUUCCUAGGUCCACAAUUGUACAUUCAAAUACAAUCCCUCCCAAAGAGCAAUCAAAUAUUGCUUCCUUCAAAGAUCGGCAAACUCCAGAAGAUGCAUACAACAAAAAUUCCAGAGACGCUGACAGAAUUCCCAUGAAUUUAGGGAGAACCAUGCAGACACAACAGAGGAUCCCACUGGCCAAACCUGGAAAAGUUGUUGGGCCAGUUGUGCCAUACGAGAAUGGAAACAUCAAGGAUGCCUAUGACCCAAGAACAGUAAUCAGAAGUGCAGUGCUACCUCCUCAGGCUGUCCCUCCUGCAUAUUAUUAUCGCAAAUCUAGCACGGGAAGCCAAGAAAGAUCUGCAACAGAAGCCCUUAAACAAGCCCCUCAGCCUGGCAUGGCUGCAAAAUUAGCACCAGAUAUAGCUAUUAACAUUGACAACAACCCUUUUUUUAUGACACGGGCUGGGGUGACCAAGGUAGAACACAUUGACGAUCGAAUAGCUAUAGACACGAACUUGCUGCAAGCGACGGCUCAAUAUAGCGGGAUUAGUGCUGCUUCUGCCGCUGCAGCAACCGCAGCUACUCACAGAAAGGUUGGGACUCUUCAGUAUGGUAUGACAAAGAUGUAUUAAAUGAAAUAUGAAUAUCCCAAGAGAAUGAUGUAAUACGUACGUACAGAGGAGGGGAAGGCUCUUUCUUUCUAUGGGAUGGGAUAAGAACUCAGGGCUGUGUAAAAAGAUGGAGGUGAGGGAGUGAUUUCCUUGGAAGAGCCAGCUUUCUGUUGUUGUGUUGGACGCUAUUAGUAUAUUUCACGGCAAACAAACUGUAUUCUAGUCAAAUUAUAUUUUCAAUUUUAUA